GCAAUCCGCUGGGAGAAAACAAGAGACAAAAAACAAACACAUUUGAAUAUGCCACUCCACCACUGGGAUUGUGCUGCUUCUGCUUCCGACUCUGCAUAUUCUAGUUCCCAACCCCUGCCAUGGGGAGAGUAUGAGGUGUUUCUGAAUUUCAGAGGCUCAGACACUCGUUAUCAUAUCACUGAUAUCCUCUACCAUUUUCUUGUUAAUUUGAGAAUUCAACUUUCAAGGACGAGGAUGAUCUUCAGAAAGGGGAAGGGAUAUGGCCCAGUCUCGUCAUCGCCAUCGAGCAAUCCAAGAUCUAUAUUCUCAUUUUCUCCGAGAAUUAUGCUUAUAGCAAAUGGUGCCUCAAAGAGCUUGCUGCAAUUGCUUAGCCCCCAGAGAGGAAUUAGGGUUGCAUCAUUCUCCCUAUUUUCUAUAUGGUGGAUCCCAAAGACGUUCGACAUCAAAGUGGGCCUUAUUGGAAUGCAUUUGAAGAUCACAUGAAGAUUUUUGACGAAAAGACCGUACAAGUUUGGAGAGAUGCUUUGAAAAAGGUUGGAGCUAUGAAGGGAUGGCAUGUUACAAGCAAUGACGAUGCCAAUUCUAGUGAAGGUAUACAAAUUAUAAGAUUUUGGAUUUCGCGUUUCAAAUGUCUUGUGGUUCUGGAUGAUGUGGAUGAGAUGUUUGAAUUUGAAGAGAUGUUGGGAAAUAUCAGAAAUUUUGUUUCGGGAAGUAGAUUUGUCAUGACUUCCAGAAACGUAAAAGUCUUGAGUAUUUCGGCUGAAGAAUGCAAGUUGUAUAGAGUACUAGAAAUGAGUCAUGGCCACUCACUCCAACUCUUCUGCAAGCAUGCUUUCAAAUUGGAUUCUCCCCCAUCAAGUUAUGAGACUUUGUCGAAGGAUAUUGUUGAUGUUGCAACAGGACUUCCAUUGACACUUAAAGUCGUAGGAUCACUUUUAUUUCAAGAGGGCGAAGCGAUUUGGAUAGAAAAACUGAGGCAGUUAAAAGAGAUUUCAGAGGAGAAGGUUGUGGAAAGGUUGACGAUAAGCUACGGUGUGGAGUAG